AUGCAUGUUGGGCUCCUACUGUCUAGUCACCAAAGAUCCAGGACGCUCAGCAGAAAGAUGAGCCUGAGGAUUCUCUUUCUCUUAGCUGGCUCGUUGGCAGGUCCCAGCCUAACUCCCGCCCCACUUUUUUACUUGGACGUGUCUUCCGACCCCCCUGCCCGAGGAGACUCCGCCCGGCUCGUCUGCAUCGCGCCGAGUGCCUACGUGGAGAGCGAGUUCUGGUUGCUGAAGACGGACCUGGCUCAGCCUGUACAGACGCUGUUUGCCUCGGAGGCCCAGCACCAAGUCACCUUCAUCCUGGGGAACGUCACCGGGAAGGACGCCGGGCAGUACCGGUGCCAGUACCGCCGCUACAACGGGAGUGCCUGGCAGAUGUCAAAGUUCAGCAAUGUGGUGGAGAUCGCGGUGGCAGCAACUCCGACUGCCCCUCCCCCAGCUUCCACGGCUGCUCCAGAAGGUUCCCCGUGGCUGCUCCCUGCGACCCUCAGCGUGGCUGGAGCUUUGCUUCUGACCGUGGGCCUAGUGGUAGCAGUUGUGGCAGUCAGGCGAGUUAACGCCAGAAGACAACAGCUGAAAAGGGAUCGGGAAUCAUGCUGGACAGAAAGGAACUUUCCCACAACAGACAUGUCGUUCGAUAACGGCCUGUUCACCGUCUCAGUGAAAAUGGACCUGGAAGCCACAGGCAGCCAAGAUGCCUGCAUCUCCCCAGGCUCCAAGAAAAGCCUCCGCUCCGCUUCCUCUCUGGGAACCAACAGCUUCAGCACAUUCAAGUCCUUGCAAUGA